GCAUGAGACUCUCCACAGCGGCGGCGCUCCUCACCGGCUUCAUCUUGGCUUUCUCGCCGGCGUACGACAGCUGUGGACCAGGCAGAGGUCACGGCAAGAGACGGACUCCAAGGAAACUCACGCCUCUCGCCUAUAAGCAGUUUAGUCCAAACGUUGCCGAAAAAACGCUGGGAGCCAGUGGGAGAUAUGAGGGGAAGAUAACGCGCAACUCCGAGCGCUUUAAAGAGCUCACGCCCAACUACAACCCAGACAUCAUCUUCAAGGAUGAGGAGAACACAGGUGCCGACCGCAUGAUGACGCAGCGCUGUAAGGAUAAGCUGAACUCCCUGGCCAUCUCAGUGAUGAACCUGUGGCCUGGCGUGCGUCUGCGUGUGACGGAGGGCUGGGAUGAAGACGGUCAUCACUCUGAAGAGUCUCUGCAUUAUGAGGGCAGGGCAGUUGACAUCACUACCUCGGACCGCGACCGGAACAAGUACGCCAUGCUGGCCCGUCUGGCAGUGGAGGCCGGCUUCGACUGGGUCUACUACGAAUCCAAAGGCCACAUACACUGCAGUGUCAAAUCAGAGCACUCAGUAGCAGCAAAGACGGGCGGCUGUUUCCCUGGAGAGGCUUUGGUGACAAUGGAGGACGGCACUCGUAGACCAGUCCGAGAACUACGAGCAGGAGACCUUGUUCUGGCCUCAAUGGGAUGUGAUGGGACUGGCGAGCUCGUCUACAGCAAGGUCCUCACCUUCCUGGACCGUAGCCCCAUUACUCAGAAGCACUUUUAUGUGAUCAGCACUGAGGAUGGGGCUAGCGCCUCCUUAACGGCAGCUCAUUUACUGUUUGUCUGGGUUGGAAACUGCUCCAGCGGGGGCCUGUCAGUGCCUGGAUCCCUCCGGACGAUAUUUGCCAGUGAUGCCCAGCCAGGGCAGUGUUUGCUGAUCGUCAGUGAAGGCGAACUCAGGAAGCGUGUUUCACAGAUCUCUCGAGUGGAGGUGCGGGAGGACCGGGGGGCUUACGCCCCACUUACUGCCCAUGGGACUUUGGUGGUGAAUGGUGUGAUGACCUCAUGCUACGCAGCGGUGAAUGAACCACAGCUAGCUCACUGGGCAUUUGCACCUCUACGCCUGUUGUACAGCUGGACCGGACCGGAUCGGAUCCUUAAGAAUGGCCUACACUGGUACUCUCAGGUCCUACUCAGUGUGGGAACACUACUGCUAGACUCAGAACUCUUCCACCCGUGGGCUUUAGAAGAUCAUGAAAGCUGAUGGAUUGAAAACGAACUCAGAGAUGAGUGAGGGGUGGGAAGACAGACAGAUGGAAACGACUGAACGCUCAGGGUUUAUGUCUUAAGGGGAUAGUGCUAAGUUUGGCGAAAUAUGUACCGAAAGCAGACUUUUUUUUAAUGAGUAAAGGUUGUCAUUUCUGUGCAACAAGUGACGCCAAGCAGAAUUGCAAAAAUAAUUUUUAAUGCCCAUUGACACAAACUCGUGCCAUGGACCCUUUUUCAAAUUUCUCAAGAGUUCUCAGAAGCAGAAAUGACCUAUUUUUGUAGGCCAAAACCCGGAAAACGAGUUAGCAUUUUAGCACUUCCAGGUCCAUCUUCCAGAAUUCAAUGUUUUUUUUCUUUGGAAAAAUGGUUUAUUGAUUAAAGCCUGAAAUUAGGUCUGUAGUUAACACAAGUUUAAGAUAUUUCCACGUCUUAUUCUAUGGCUUUCAGUUACACUUGUCUUUUGCUUGGCUUGAAAAAGGCGAUUUCUAACAGGAGUCUAAAUGGGAGAUAUUAAACGUCAUCACGUGUUCAGAAUCUCUUGCAGACAUUUCUAACUCAAACUUUCAGGUAAAAUGUUUCUUAUAUAAAGACUGAAAGAGUUGGCGACCAUGCUUGACCAUGCAAGAGCCAUGCGAACAUGGUGUAGUUUGUUUAAAGCCUAUGUUUAUCUUAUUAGAUCUGGAUAUGUAAUUUAUUCUUAAUGAACAAAACGUGAAAGAAUCAUAAACAUUUGUUUGUCACAGAGCUUAUUUUCUUCAGUAAUCCAAAAGUCAGUGGAAAAAUCCUAUUGGCUUUUUGUUGAGGGAACCAGGGUGAUGCGAACUUCAGGGUUGACCUACAAAAAUAUGUCAUUACUACAGCGCUCUAUACAGUACACUUACAAUGUUAAUAACUGGGGAAAAGCAUCAUCACAGUCUGUGAAAUCAGGUUGAAUCAGUUGUGGCUGUGUCGGAUUCGUCUAACAAUUGGAGCAAUGUCAGUGUUUACACUUUUCAGGAGAAUCAUUAUACUUAUAGCUGUCUCUGCAUAAGCUAGAAUAAUAAUAAUAAUAAUAAUAAUAAUAAUAAUAAUAAUAAUAAUAAUAAUAAUAAUAAUAAUAAUAAUAAAGUAUUUCACAUUGAAAAACUUCCACACAUCACUUUUAACUGUACAAAGAGCAGAUUACAAUAUGACCUCUUGUCUUUCUUCUUACGGAAGUUGUGAGAGACGUGUUUGUUUGUUCGCUAUUCCCAUCUCUUGUGUCAUUAGUUCAAAUAUUUUAAAAAAUAUUUUACAAGUGCUUUGUAAGAUCAUUAAGGUAAUAUAUGGUAUUCAUGUA